ACGCGCGUCCACUCCAUCCUCGCCAUUAGCGAUGGCUUCUUCCUCCUCCUCCCUCGGCGCCAUCCUCCAGCGCUUCCCCCUCCUCGCGCCGCGCCCCGCCUCCCGCCGCGCGCCGACCAGUCGCCGCGCCGUCGCCAACAAGAUCUCCUGCAUCGGAUGGGACCCUGAGGGCAUCCUCGCGGCGCCGCAGCCAGGCCACAUCGCGAACCUCGAGUUCCGCCGCCGUCUCGACAGCGACGCCGACGCGCGCGCGGCCUUCGACCGCCAGGUCCAGGAGGAGACGGAGCGCCGCCGCAAGGAGCGCGAGGCGCGGGUGGUACCUGACACGGACGCCGGCCUGGUGGAGUACUUCCUCGACACGGACGCGCGGGAGAUCGAGAUCGAGAUCGGCAGGCUCCGGCCUAGGCUGAACAAGGGAUUCUUCGACUAUAUCCAGCGGGAAAUCGCCGAGAUAAAAUUUGCUGUCACCAGAACGGCGGAGUUGGAGGACAGAUUGAUCGAGCUGGAAGCAAUGCAGAAGGUUAUCGGCGAGGGAGUAGAGGCCUAUGACAAGUUGCAGAAUGACCUCGUGACGGCGAAAGAGCGGCUCACCAAUAUCCUGCAAUCUAAAGAUAGAAAAUCAACCCUGCUCGACAUGGUUGAACGGAAUGAGCUCAACAUGUCCAUAUUGACACUUCUUGAUGAGAACAUAGCGAGCGCAAAGACGAGCAAUCAGGAGGAAGCUGUGGCUUUCAUGGAGAAUGUACGCUCAGCUAUAUUGAAGUACAUAACAGUAUAAACAAUGUCUAUAUACGGGUGACCAAUUAUCUUCGGCAUUGGACUUGUCUUGGGCACAGAGUUGUUGAAAUUAGUGUCACAAAGCUGUACCUUAUAACGAUAUGGUGUGGACUCUAAAUUUUGUUUCCUUUUUUUUACGAGCUUUAUUGGCAAAGAGAAAUUGUACAAUCAUAUAUACCAGCAGUACUACAAGCAAAUACACCCAGAAUAAGAUUUUUUUGUUUGUUUGGUA